AUGGAUGGCUGUCAGAAGGAGGGAGGUAGUGGUGGAGGUACCAAUGGUGGUCUGAUGAUCCUGAUGGAUGGAUGUGCGAAGGAGGGAGGUAGUCGUGGAGGUACCAAUGGUGGUCUGAUGAUCCUGAUGGAUGGAUGUCAGAAGGAGGGAGGUAGUCGUGGAGGUACCAAUUGUGGUCUGAUGAUCCUGAUGGAUGGAUGUGAGACGGAGGGAGGUAGUCGUGGGGGUACCAAUGGUGGUCUGAUGAUCCUGAUGGAGGGAUGUGAGAAGGGGGGAGGUAGUGGUGGGUGUACCAAUGGUGGUCUGAUGAUCCUGAUGGAUGGCGAGAAGGGGGGAGGUAGUGGUGGGGGUACCAAUGGUGGUCUGAUGAUCCUGAUGGAUGGAUGUGAGAAGGAGGGAGGAAGUGGUAGGGGUACCAAUGGUGUUCUGAUGAUCCUGAUGGAUGGCUGUCAGAAGGAGGGAGGUAGUCGUGGAGGUACCAAUGGUGGUCUGAUGAUCCUGAUGGAUGGAUGUGAGAAGGAGGGAAGUAGUGAUGGGGGUACCAAUGGUGGUCUGAUGAUCCUGAUGGAUGGAUGUGAGAAGGAGGGAGGUAGUGGUGGGGGUACCAAUGGUGUUCUGAUGAUCCUGAUGGAUAGCUGUCAGAAGGAGGGAGGUAGUCGUGGAGGUACCAAUGGUGGUCUGAUGAUCCUGAUGGAUGGAUGUGAGAAGGAGGGAGGUAGUGGUGGGGGUACCAAUGGUGGUCUGAUGAUCCUGAUGGAUGGAUGUGAGAAGGAGGGAGGUAGUGGUGGGGGUACCAAUGGUGUUCUGAUGAUCCUGAUGGAUGGCUGUCAGAAGGAGGGAGAUAGUCGUGGAGGUACCAAUGGUGGUCUGAUGAUCCUGAUGGAUGGAUGUGAGAAGGAGGGAGGUAGUGGUGGGGGUACCAAUGGUGGUCUGAUGAUCCUGAUGGAUGGCUUCGAGAAGGAGGGAGGUAGUCGUGGAUGUUGGAUAGAUGGGGAGGAAGUGAUGGAUGGAUGUUUGAAUGGAUGUUGA